AAAUCACGUUGAAUACUACCACUUCGCAAGUGUCACCACUUCCUGAGCACUCUUUAUAAAUAGGAGAAAUGUGGUGGUUUUUCUUGUACUUUUCACCUGGUCGACAAUCACGAUGGAGCUCCGGCCUAGCAAAGUAAAGGUGGCUUCAGCUAUCCUUUUCCUCUUCAUUUCACCAUGCUCAUCGUUCUUAUUCCCCUUGAACUCUGGGCCCGCUGCCACGGUUCAUGUGCGAAGGCAACACCUUCUGCGAUACCCUGACAGCCGGCAGUUCGUCCUGACCCAAAACCUGCGCCACUCGCAAUACCUUGGCGUGUCACCAACCAUCAAAACCCAACGAGGCUUCAUCCCCUACUACACGACAAAUGGAAACGUUGUUCUGAACGAGGUUCAGCGGCCACCUGUGGCUCCCCCGGCUCCCUUUGUGCCUUCUGCACCUAUUCCUAAAUACCCUGUUGCUCCUGUAACAACUCAGGCGCCCACUACCUUGCCACCCAUAAUCACAACCACUGCCGCUCCGACCACCACUGCUGCACCUACAACCACUGCUGCCCCCACAACCACAGCAGCCCCAACCACUACUGCAGCCCCGGCCGUUGAGAUCCCUGAAGUCCCGGAGGUUCCCGCUCCUGCACCUCCCGCCCCGGAAGUGCCCAUGAUCGUUGUUGCUCCUGAGAUCAUCCCAGCUGCUGCUCCCGCCCCUGCUGCUCUUCAGCCCCAAGUACUCAGCAUUCAGCCCAGCCAGGGUUUUCCUCAAGGAAUCAUCGCCGUCCAGCCGAUCAUCACGCACGGCGGCUUCCUGAACUUGGGAUCUAGCCAGCAGUCCCUGCCUGCCCAGAGUUUGGCCGGAAAUCUUUUCAACUCAAACGCUCUCAACUUCCUGCAGGCUCUGCUCAGCCAGAAUCUUCCAGCUGCUGCUCCUGCCGCCCCGGCCCCAGAAGUUGUGGCCACUGCCGCUCCAGAACCACCUUCGACCGCCACACCUGUUGUGGUCAUCACCGAAGCGCCGACGCUGCCACCAACCACAACCACUGCCGCCACUGUUACCACAACUGCCGCUCCUGUUACCACGACUGCAGCCCCAGAACCACCUACUACUAUUGCCUAUGAGCACCCUGCUCCCCCAGCCGAGCCUGCCGCGUCUCACCCUGCACCUGAAAUUCCACCCUCAGCUCCCGCGGCUGAGCAGCCUGAGGCCCCUGCUUUCCCUCCUGAAAUUUUCUACGGCGCAAACCUUCAGGGCUGGAACUUUGCCGCUCAAUCUUUGAAAAAUAUUGCGGCUAACCCAAAUCUUGAAGCCUCUCAAUUUUUGAUUAACGUGCCGGAAUUCAAUAAUUUUAAAUCAGAAUCAAAUGAUCAAGGCAACUUUAACAUUGUCGUCAACCACAAUUCUGGCGCAGAUGCAUCUGGCACUUCUUUUUCUCGCUACAAAUCCCUCCACAUUACUCCUCAAGCAGCCGAAACUAGUCACAACGUUCACACAGAACAGCAGCAAAUCGUUCACGCCAACACCUACGAGCCUCAAGUUCAGCACGAGCAGUCCCUUCCCUUGGUAAACUUCCAGCAGAGCAAACUGGCCGAUGAAGCUUACUUCAAAAGCAUCGAAGAAAGCAAAGGACAAGAGUGGCAAAAUAACGCUCCUGGCCAGUACGACUUUGGUUAUGCCACGAACAACAAUCACUUUGUUCAACAUGGACGGAAGUACAGAAGACGGAGCCAUUAACUCUCAAAUGUCAGGCUGUAUUUUUGUCUAUACCAAAGUUGUAAAACGCACCAGCUCUUAAUUUUGCUAUAAUUGUGUACAUACAAAUGCUCACCUUAAGUUACCACAAAAUACAAAAAAACCUCAUAUUUUUCUAAGUUUUUUAUAAUAAAAUGAAAGAAACAGA